AUGAAGUACAUUGCCUCCGUCUUCGCGUUCGCUACCGCCGUUGCUGGCCAUGGAUAUGUGGAUAAUGCCACAAUCAGCGGAAUAGACUAUACUUUCUACCAGCCAUACACAGACCCCUACACUACCGGAGUAAAGCGUAUCUCGCGUCCCAUCCAGGGCAACGGACCUGUCCAGGACGUAAGCAUCUCUGAUAUCCAAUGCGGUGGGUAUGCUACUGGUGGCAUCAAUGGCUCGAAGCCUGCUGCUCUCCACGCUGAAGCUGCUGCUGGCUCCAACGUCAAGCUUUACUGGACGCUUUGGCCUGACAGCCAUAUGGGUCCUACGAUUACCUAUAUGGCAAAGUGCCCUGAUACCGGCUGCCAAGACUACAUGCCAGAGUCCUCUGCUGUCUGGUUCAAGAUCCAAGAAGAAGGGCGUCAAGGUACCUCAAACGUCUGGGGUUCUGACGCCCUUAAGAAGGUUGGCGGCUCUGUCACCUACACCAUCCCGAAGUGCAUAUCUUCGGGUUACUACCUCGUCCGCCACGAGAUCUUAGCAUUGCACGCUGCAUACCAGUACCCUGGUGCUCAAUUUUACCCAGGCUGCCACCAGCUUAAAGUUACUGGCGGUGGCAGCACCAAACCCACUGGCCUCGUUUCGUUCCCUGGUGCUUACAAGGGUUCGGAUGCCGGUGUCACUUAUGAUGCUUACAAAGCUCAAACCUACACCAUUCCAGGCCCCAAGAAAUUUACUUGCUAG